AUGAGAGGUGACCGUCGGGAAGAAAACGGAGGGAACCUGAACCAAGAAGUCCUAUAUGAGCUGAGAGAUAUGAGGACAUUGAUAAACAAUUCGCGAAGAGGCGGCAAAGUGCAGCUGGCAGAAGCAAUAGAAGAGGCCAAUAAAUCCCCAUUUACGUAUGAGAUAAUGUAUGCUGACAUCCCAGAAAAAUGUGUAUUUCCAACGCUUCCGAGCAUAUUCAGCGGAUCCAAAAGUGUUGUGCAGCACUUGAAACAAUACACUCUUUCGUUGAUGCAAUGGGGACGAAAUGAUGCGGUGCUUUAUCGAUAUUUCCCCGCGAGCUUAGCUGGGGAAGCAUUGGUUUGGUUCGACGGGCUACCAGAAAGAUCAAUUUCAUCCUUCAAAGACUUACAGAGAAUAUUCCUGACCACUUACAUUACUAACAACAUGUUGAGGACGCGGAUUGAGACUCUAUUCAAUUUAAGGAGGAGACCCAUGAAAAGCCUACGAGGAUUGGUGACGAGAUGGUGGAUGGUAUGCAGCGAGCUUGCAGGAAGAGUUGACGAGAAAAAUUUCAUCCUAGCUUUCGUGAACGCGUUAAUCCCAACUGAUCUGUUGUACACUAAAAUAUUCAUUAUUUGCAACUCCUUAAUCAUGAAUGAAUUGAAAGAGUACCAAGAGGAUUACAUAGCGCUGGAAGAAAAGCAGAGGCAGGUCAGCAAAGCAAUACCAAUUCCAGCAAAGGAAGGGAAUUCGAGACUAUUACCAAGGGAAAUUCAUGUCGUGGAGAAUGAUCCAAAAUAUAAGGGAGAGCCAUCAACUCCGGUCCCAGUGAAGUUAGUAGUUGUAUCAAGUGGAGAUCAAGAGUGGAUCGAUCAACAAAGAUAUGAGGAGUCAAGACGAAGGAAUUAUGAGCCACGAAGCUACAACACGGGAUAUCAACAAAGAAACAAUCAAGGGACCAGAUUUGGAGAGCGAAGACCAGGAGCACCAUCUUUUGAAGACAUAAAUCUCCCUAAGAUUAACACAACUGUGGAAAAGGUAUGGGAGGCAAUAGUAUUAACAGAGGAGAUCCCACCACCACCUAAUUUGGGAAGAGAACCACCACCAGGAACUAGGAGUCAUGAGUUCUGCAGAUAUCACCGCUUUCAUGGGCAUCAUACUAAUGAUUGUCGAAACAUUCGGCGAAUUAUACUUCGUCUGAUAGAGCAGGGAAAACUUGCACAUUUCUUAGAAAAUUAUGUACCACCACCACCACAACCUGCAAGGAGCAUCCAAAAUUUCCAUGACAAAAUACUCAAGAGAGUACAUAAGAGGGACUUCGAAGGAAACGAAAUAUUCAGCAUCAAUACGAAGGAACCAUUGGAGGAAUGGCAGAAAAGAGAGAUAACGUUCUCAGCAAAGGAUGUACCUGAAGGAGGAAAUUCGUACACAAACCCUUUGGUUAUAACCCUGAAUUUUUGGAAAUACUCAAGAUGGGAAGAAGAUCCAGCCGGGAAGGCAAAAAUCUGGGCAAUUGACAAAAUCUUGGUGGAUACGGGGAGCUCGGUUGAUAUACUCGUUUAUCAUACAUUUAAAACCAUGGGAUACAAGGACUCGGAUCUCGUGACAUCGACGUAUAACAUAUAUGGGUUUAACGGAGUUGCAUCUAAGCCAAAGGGAGAAUUAGUUGUAAAGAUUUUUGCUGGCGAGCUGGAAACGAAAGUCACAGUCUGCGUGAUAGAUAUAGACUCACCUUACAAUGCUCUUAUCGUAAGACCAUGGAUACACGGGAUAAAAGGGAUUGCAUCUACAUAUCAGCAGGCCAUACGGUUUCCUAUGCCAAGUGGAAUCGGCGAGAUAAGGGGAGAUCUUAAAGACGCGCAAGAUUGUAUUAAAAAGGAUGUCCAUAACUGUGAAGAGAAAAUAAGGAAGAAAAUAGAGCAAAAAGGAAGGCCUGCGAAGAAAGAAGAGCAGAGCGGUUGA